GAGGGUGUCAAAGUUGGGCGAGCAAAGAAAGAAAAGUCAAAUAACAAGAACAAGAGUGACGAGUUUUCCAGCAGCAGGACGGGCGCGAUUUGGGCAAACUAAUUUUCUGCAAAAUCACCACCGAAAGGCAGCAGUUAAUUUAUCAAUGAAAUCGCCGCGGCUGUAAUCGGUGAAGUGUGUUGCCCUAAUUGAAAAGUUUCCGUGAAAAACCGCGCGGCCAACUGCCCUGGAACCGACCGACGACUGCCUCAGUGGAAAAGUGUUCUCUUGGUGAAAAGUGAAGUGAGACUCCCAUCUUUUUUUUCCUCCCUGCUACAACUGCUGUGUUCCGAGCGGCUGUGUUCAUCCAUAAGAAAAAUCGUGACAAGUCUGGCUGGUGCUUUUUUGAUGCAAUUUCAUUAACUCGUGACAGCACAGUACUGCAAAAGGAAGUUUAAAGGAAAACAUCUGUUUACUUAGUGAAGUCUCUAACAUAAAUAUAGGGACGAUAGAUGUAUCUACACAUUGCCGCUUAUUCGGGAACGCAAGAGCAAAGCGUGUAGCGAAAAGGCUGAUAAAUAAAUAAGAUCACCUAAUAUAAACAAGUGUGAAAAAAACCGUCGUGUGGCGAACGGCAUCAGAAACAGAUCCACGCAGUCAUUGCAUUUCACAGAGCAAUAAACAGAUUUUGUUAAGAAUAGUAAAAAAAACGAUUUUUUCGAAGAUAAACUUCAAAAAGAAAGGUCAAGUGGACAAAACGAUAAGUAGAAUAUUCUUAAGGUGAAAAGUUUGUGUCGCUCUACAGAGCUACAGUUGUGGUGCUACUGUUCGAUACUAAAAACUCUAGGGCCGAUAGAAACGACACCGGAAGCCUCACCAUGGGAUGCACAUCAUCAGCUGAGGAGCGCGAAGCUAUUGCUCGGUCCAAACAAAUCGAACGAAAUUUAAAGGAAGAUGGAAUUCAGGCGGCCAAGGAUAUCAAACUUCUGCUUCUGGGCGCUGGUGAAUCUGGAAAAAGCACAAUCGUAAAACAGAUGAAAAUCAUUCACGAAAGUGGCUUCACGUCAGAGGAUUUCAAACAGUAUCGACCAGUAGUAUAUAGCAACACAAUCCAAUCGUUAGUGGCAAUACUGCGAGCGAUGCCCAAUCUCAGUAUCGCAUUUGGGAAUAAUGAGCGAGAGUGUGAUGCGAAAAUGGUGUUCGAUGUGGUGCAACGGAUGCACGAUACGGAACCUUUCUCGGAAGAUCUACUAUUAGCGAUGAAAAGACUGUGGUCGGAUUCCGGUGUGCAGGAAUGUUUUUGCCGAAGCAACGAGUACCAGCUUAACGAUUCUGCUAAAUAUUUCUUGGACGAUCUGGAUCGAUUGGGUGCGAAAGAUUAUCAGCCUACUGAACAAGAUAUCCUGAGGACGCGAGUCAAAACCACCGGUAUCGUAGAAGUGCAUUUCUCCUUCAAAAACCUAAACUUCAAACUAUUCGACGUCGGAGGACAACGAUCGGAAAGAAAGAAAUGGAUCCAUUGCUUCGAAGACGUCACCGCCAUCAUUUUCUGCGUUGCCAUGUCGGAAUACGAUCAGGUGUUACACGAAGACGAAACCACGAAUCGUAUGCAAGAAUCGCUAAAACUGUUCGAUUCCAUCUGCAACAACAAGUGGUUUACCGAUACCUCAAUCAUUCUGUUCUUGAACAAGAAGGAUCUGUUCGAGGAAAAAAUUCGGAAAAGUCCCCUAACGAUCUGCUUCCCUGAGUAUACUGGUGGACAAGAAUACGGUGAGGCGGCGGCAUACAUCCAGGCGCAGUUCGAAGCGAAGAACAAAUCAACUUCGAAGGAAAUCUACUGUCACAUGACCUGUGCAACGGAUACCAACAAUAUCCAGUUUGUGUUCGACGCUGUUACCGAUGUUAUCAUAGCCAAUAAUCUGCGGGGUUGUGGUCUGUACUAAAAGGGGGUCCCAGCAACUGGACCACGGUUUGAGAGCAAACCUUCUGUUUUUGUUUCUUUGUUUUUGUAUUAUUAUGUAUUGAUUGGAUGAAGGGCCUGAAGGACGGGCGGUAUUUAUUACAAAUUUGACUAUAAAUAUUACAAAGUAUAUAGAAUCCCACAAACAAAAGGAAAAGUUUAUAUUAGGAAGGAGCUAGGCAAGUCAGAUAGAGAACAGACAAUUUUUGAGUGGUCUCAUUGCGCAAGAACGAAGAACAAAAGAAUGAGCUUGAGUGUCUUGAAUUUAGUAGGACACAGAUGCGAUAGCAGAUGAGAUUACUACGGAGCGAGAGGAACGUCGUUAAUUGAGGAGAAAUGCAAAAAAGGUAUGAAUAUCAGUGUUCACAAAAACUUACAUAUUUCAGUAUAUCUUUUCGAUUAAUUGCAAUCAAAUACAGAAACCCCACAUUCACGCGUACACGCUCUUAUUCAAAUCAUUGAGGACUAGAAGCGUGUCGUCAUUGCUGCAAAUUGUAAAAUGGGAUGACUUUCUAUCCCUAUUUAUUUGGAGCAGCUAGGAAUGAAAUAAUCAUUAAAAUCACAUUAAAUUCACUUGAGCGCUCAUUAUAAUUAAAAUUACAAACCAUAAUUAACUUAUACCCAGAAAAAAAAACGUACUCAUACAAGAACCAAUUUUCUCGUACAAGUAUUCGCAUAAAUCAGAGCUACAUUUGUAUUUUUAUAAGUCUUUAUCUCGGAAGAAUGGUUUAUUUAUUUUAUACAUUAUACCUAAACACAUGACGAGUAAUGGAUCUACAUUUCUAUUUAUAUUUAUUUUAGUGAGUAAUUUAAAAAGCCAUGAACGUUUGGUUUUAGCACAAAGUAUUGUAACGCUUUUGACGGUAAUCCUACUAGAAAACGUGAAUAGCAGAAAGUUACGGGAUUUGAUCAAAGCAAACCGCGGAGGCACAAACGCAAUCGAAUCGCUCUAAAAUGCAGCAUGCCAUGCCAUAAAAAAACCUUCGUUUUUUUUUUUAAUUAUUACGUAAGCGUUGCAAUAUGGUUCUUUAUAAUAGUGUAAAUAGCUUUAUAAUUUUAUAUCAAAUAGCCAUCAAGAAUACCCAAAGAUAGGAGGACGGAAGUAGAGAAAAUUAUACUUAAAAUCAAACAAACAAAAUAAUUUAUUACAUGCAUGACAUGGUCAUUUCGCUUUUGCUUUCAUACUUCUUAGGUAAUGCUUCGACUUAUAAAGCGUCAACUAAAUAUCAUGUGGUAGUUUGGGUUAACCGAUUCAGUGACACACAUUCCUAGAAUGCUUUUUCGUUUAUGUAAAAACAAAUCUGUUAACGGCGUCAACUGAAACAAACUAUCUACAGAACAUUUUCACCGAGACAAUUCAAUCAACUCGAGUACAAAAGAAUAUGAGAUGUUAAAGAAAGUAUUAUGCUUCAAACAUUCCUCGGUCGCCUCGCGGCCAUUGGAAUUUGAAAACAAUCCAUCAAAAAUUUGAACAGGGAUGUAAAUGAUGGCAGUGCAUUUGGAAGAACUUUUGGUACGCUUUGAUUCACUUCUUGAUACCAUGUGGUGGUGGUUUUGUUUCCCAUUUCGAAUAUUACUGCACCAUAGGAUUAGAUGAAAGAAAUCAUAGCCCUUUUUGAUGCUUCUGGAAACUUUACUCUAUUUUUAUAUUGUUCUUGGAACAUUGAAGAAUACUUCCCGUGUCAACUUUAAGGAUGAUUUUGUUUUACACUAAUAACGUCAAAAUUCAUUGUAAGUACAGUUCCAACAGUAGCAUUUGACGUCAUGAUACUGAUGACACUGUUUUUGAAUAAAAAAUGACGGUUGACUUGCUACUCAAAUUUUGUGAGUGUAAACUUUGUUGUACACUAUAAAUUAAAUACAAAAAUGUUACUCUUUUCAAACUUAUUCGCAUCACAAAUUGAAUAGCAAUUUAGCUAAAUAUUUACCAAACAAAUGUCGAGCUAACGAGUUUCAGAUGAUGAAAUGCAAAAUUUGUCGAUUGUUUAAGAUGCUGAAAAGGUAAGAGUGCCUAAUUUCUCAUUCUCUGACGAAGAUCUAGUAGGCACAUCAUUUAUGGAAACAAUAGAAAUGUUAGAAACUUAUGCUAACAAACUUAUGUACAAUUUGUUUUACUUAGCAACGCACAACCAAUUUGUAAUCUAUUUGAUUUACCCUAGCAUUCAUUAACCCAGAAUACAGUUUAGAAAAAUGAGAUCACGACUCAAGAUGACACAAUUAACAUAAAAAUUGAGAAAGAAGGAAAACCAUGACAUCAUUUGUGCCAAUUUUGUAGGGGAAAUGUAUGGAUUAAACUAGAUUUUGUACGCUAGUACUCACCCGCAAGCUCUACUUAUGGUUCCCGUAGAAACAAGCCAACUGUAGCGCUCAUUUUAGACAAGGGUUGCUAUGAUCGAACCCUUCAUAAGAAAUUCAUUUGUAGUUUCAGUUCGAGAAAGCAACAACCAUGUCGAGCAUCAAAUGUAUAGCCCAUAAAAGAAACAAACCCCGAUAUAAAAAGACCAAAACAAUAUUUAAGAAAACAAGAAUAAUAACUUCGUACAAAUGAAAACAUGUGUUAGCUAUCAACCGUAAGAUGUAAUCUCUAUUUUUUCUAAACUGUUAUAUUGUGUUGUUAGAGUCGUUCGUAAAUUUAUCAGCUUUAAUUAUUGGUUUCAACUAAUUUUGACAAUCGCCCUAGUUCAAUUGUUGGUUCAAUUCAAGUGCAACGUCGUGCCCAUGUUUUGCAUCUCAAAUCAGUUUCCUUUAACAAUCUAUGCAGCUUUUCGCGAACUUAAAAUCGAGCCUUCACUGUAUUUUUUGACCCACAGUGCCAUGGAAGUUGAAUAGGACCGCUAUUCAACUUUUAUACAACAAACAUGGUUUUUUGAGAUAUUCUCCUUCUUUUCAUUCCUCAAUCAUAGAGAAAUCAAACGAAGGUGAAUAAAUACUCAACUGAAAUGCCUCGAAAAUUGCAGUGACUGGCCUAACUAAUUCGACUUCUUCUGCCGCAUACAGCCGAUUAAAGAGACACAUCGUGCGAUAGGCAAAUCACUAACCUUUCCCAAAUUUCUCAAAUCAAUCAUCAAUAUAGGUAAUUGCAAAAAUGCUACCACUAACCCAAAAUUGAACUCUAGUCAUCGCAGCUACCAAACCUUUACUUGCGGCAAACAAAUGAAAAUGGCGCAACUAAAACAACUAGUUUUAUUUUCGUCUAAGGAAACACAGAUUCGUGUAUUUUAUAAACCAAUGUCAUGAAGCACAAAACCAAUGCUUUCGCGUUAAAGUUAUCAUUUAAGACUUCGUACUUUCGCCAAAAAAAAAAACUUCACUGUUCACUAAAACUUUGACCUACUAUCUAAAAGUCCGAAGAUGGUAAUCUUGCGCAUUUAGCUAAAUAAUAUAAAAUCCAUUCAAAGCGUAAUUUCCAAAUAAUGCUGCUAUUAUAAAACAAAAUUGAAAACUAAUACAAGUUAGUAUAUAUUUGACGAAAUAUAUCCGCUUACAAAAUAUUAUUAGUAUAUUUUUUGAAAAACAAAAAAUAAGUAGUAGAAAGAACGAGAAAAUAAAACAUAGUUUUAGUAGCAUAAGUAAGCAAGUCAUUACAAAAAGAAACACUAUUAAGCGAUUGAAAGGAAAAAUCUAGCAUAGCACUGUAAAGUAAAUUACAGAGAAUGAACUUCAAACCUCCAACAACAACAAAACUAAUAUCAAACAACAUCAUCUCCAAAUCAAAGAGAUCAACAAUAAGGCGAUUCAUAUGAGGCAAAUUACCCGUGAACAAAAAUCAGGCCCUAAAGCACUGAGCCCGUUGGAUCCAGAAAAAAUCCCAACGGGAUGCAGAACAAAAAUUCUAGUUAAGAUGGUAAUAAAUGAAAAAAAUAGAACAACCAACGUUUAAUCGUAAAACCAAGUUGUCGAUGCACUAUUUAAAACAAAGGAAAUAAAUGAGACAGAAAUACGUUUAGCGAACAAAGCAAAACUUAACAACGUAGUCAAACUCGGAAGUUGAAAAGAAACAAAGCAUUUAGUUAUAAAAUCAAACAAAUAAGAGAACAAAAACCAAUCGCACGAAAGCGAUUAAAAUCAACAAGAGAAAAGCAACAGAACUAGACAUUCAUCACCAUUGCAUUAUUAUUAAAACAAAACAUAUGUAUCGCAGAUAACGAGUCGAAAGAAUUAAAUCAUAUACUUUUUUCUUUUUGAAAAGGGCAAACAUUGUUAACUAAGAAAAACCAAAAAAAAAACAAACAGCAGGCAAACAAAAAAAAAACGAUGAAGCGAUCAUAAGCUAUUUAUUGCUACAAACCAGUAAUAUAGUACUAAUUGGUAAGAAAAAUAGUUCUGACAACAACAACCAAAAUCCAAUGUAAUGAAAGUAAGUAAAUUAGUAAACAAAACCAGCUACUUGAGGCAUCACUCUGUACGAAAUGAAGGCAAACCA